AUGAAGUCUUCUUCACAAGAAGUUGGUUCUCAUGAAGGUAAGAAGAAGUACAAAGGUAUUCGUCGCCGGAAAUGGGGGAAAUGGGUAUCAGAAAUUCGAGUCCCCGGUACUACCAACCGCCUUUGGUUGGGUUCUUACUCUAACCCGGAGGCCGCAGCCAUCGCCUACGAUACUGCAAUGUUUUAUCUAAGAGGUCCUUCAUCAGUAACUCAUCUCAACUUCCCCAACUGUCUCCCCAACUUCCUCCAGACCAACAUGUCUCCCAAGUCGAUACAGAGAGCAGCGACGAAUGCUGCCAUGGCUAUCGAUUUUGAGCUUGCAAAAAGGGCUCAGGAAGUAAAAGAAGAUGCAAUGCCAUUACUUCUGGAAACACAAAUUUUUGAAGACAGAGAUGAUAUCCCUGGAAUGUAUGAAGGGGAGGCCUUCAAUAAUAUUUCUGUCGAUGACAUAGAGAUUUAUCUCUGCUAG